UUAUCUUUUGGUAGAAUUCAAAGUUUGUUUACACGUGCUCCCCUACAGUGCAGAAAGAUUAGGAAUAAAGCGCCAAAUCUGAAAACACGGACAGGAAGAAACACCCGUAUGUGAAUGUUGUUAGUGUAGGCUAUAUAACUACUGCUCAUCCAUCCAGAAUACUUCAUGUCUAAGUGGUCUGGUUCAGUCUUCAGAUGAACGUGAUGCUCAGUCAGGAUCAGGUGUCUUUCAUAGGACUGGCGUUUGAGACUUAUGUGAUGGAGCACCACAAGAAUGACAUCCUACAGAUCUUCCAGGAGGCCAGUGAAGAUGCUCACUAUCCUGUUGUAGUGAAUGCCAUGACCUUAUUCGAGGACAAUAUGGAGGUUGGAGAGUGUUUCAAUGCAUUCCCCAGCCAGGUGCUGCCUGUGUUUGACAAUGCCCUGCACAGAGUAGCCCAGACCAUAUCUCGGUCUUCUUCCUCACCACAGGAGAGAUUCAAACUCAAACACAAUCUGCAUGUUCGUAUAUCAGGUUUACCUAUGUGUCCCGAGCUGACCAGAGAUCACAUUCCUAAAGCUAGAGACGUGGGCCACUUCCUGUCCGUCACGGGCACGGUCAUCCGCACCAGUGUGACUAAAGUGCUGGAGUAUGAGAAAGACUACAUGUGCAAUAAAUGCAGGCACGUGUUCUCCGUGCAGGCCUCUUUUGAGCAGUUUUACACCUUCACUCCACCCACCAGCUGCCCCAAUGAGGAGGGAUGUAAUUGUUUCAAAUUCACCUGCCUGUCAGGAAGUGACGCCCCUCCGGCCGCCUGCAAGGACUACCAGGAGAUCAAAAUCCAAGAGCAGGUACAGAAACUGUCAGUGGGCAGUAUCCCUCGAUCUAUGCUCAUCAUCCUGGAGGACGAUCUUGUGGACAGCUGCAAAUCAGGCAGGAAUGAGAUCUUGAUGAGCCUUUGCCCUCAGGUGUUCGGCAUGUACGUUGUCAAGCUGGCUGUUGCUAUGGUUUUGGCAGGUGGGGUACAGAGAAUAGAUGUGUCUGGAACCAAGGUGAGAGGAGAGUCUCAUCUGUUGCUCGUGGGCGAUCCAGGCACUGGGAAGUCACAGUUUCUGAAGUACGCGGCUAAGAUUACACCACGCUCUGUGCUUACUGCAGGAAUCGGAUCUACUAAUGCAGGUCUGACAGUGGCGGCUGUUAAGGACUCUGGACAGUGGCAUCUGGAAGCAGGAGCCCUCGUUCUCUCUGAUGGAGGUCUGUGCUGCAUUGAUGAAUUCAACAGCAUCAAAGAACAUGACCGCACCAGCAUCCACGAGGCCAUGGAGCAACAAACCAUCAGCGUGGCCAAAGCCGGAAUGGUGUGCAAACUGGACACAAGGACCACCAUCCUGGCAGCUACAAACCCAAAGGGGCAGUAUGACCCUAAUGUCUCAGUUUCUGUGAACGUGGCCCUCGCCAGCCCCCUCCUGAGCCGCUUUGACCUCGUACUGGUUCUGCUAGAUACUAAAAACCCAGAAUGGGACAAAAUAAUCUCCUCCUUUAUCCUGCAGAAUAAAGGAGCGCCGAGUGAGUCUUCAUGUUUAUGGAGUAUGGAGAAGAUGAGGGCCUAUUUCUGCCUGAUCAAGACUCUUAAGCCUUGUAUAACACAGGAAGCAAACACCAUCCUGAGCCGCUACUAUCAGCUUCAGAGACAGAGCGACAGCCGUAACGCCUCCCGUACAACCAUCCGUAUGCUGGAGAGUCUCAGCCGCCUCGCCGAGGCUCAUGCCAGGCUGAUGUUCAGAGAGACAGUGACAGUAGAGGACGCUGUUGUUGUGGUGUCUGUUAUGGAGUGCUCCAUGCAGGGAGGCGCUCUACUUGGAAAUGUGAAUGCUCUACACACCUCUUUCCCUGACGACCCCUGUGAACAGUAUAAAACACAGUGUGAGAUUGUGCUUGAGAGGCUGGGAUUGACUGAUAUCCUACAGAAAGAACUUCAAAGACUUUCAAGGCUAAAUAGCCGAAGACCGGACUCCCCUAAAGGGACCGAACCACGUAGUAACCACACCAGCGAGUGUCCAACUGGUCAGAAUCACAGUAAUGGUGAAGUGACCACUGAUUCAGACCCCAGCCUGUACUGGUUCCACUCCUUAUCCAGCUCUGUCGUUCACACCUCCCCCAUCGUUACCUCCACACAGAAUGCCACCACCACACUGGGCGGCACGGCGGUGUUACCUAGCAACAGCCAUUCCAUACGCCGCAAGGGUUCUGCGUGGGAGAAGGAGGUGGAUCCAUCCGUGGUUGAGGCCGUUGUGGAAAAGGGCUCCAAAAAGCUCAGAGCCAAACGGUUGAAAGAGAUGAAAGCAUCCCUCCUGCUGAGCGAGGAACAAGUUUUAGGAGAGACAGGCGACGAUUUAGAGGAGAUAUUCUCCCACAGUACACCCAAAACGGGGAAGAAACCCUCAAAAAGAAAAAACACAACCAUUAGUCCUGACAUCAGAGCCGAGAGCGAGGAUUUACGCAGCAAACUCACAAACUUCACAUUCAAGCCCAGAGAGAGAAUGAUUCAUGCCGAUCAGUCGGUUGCGAAAGCGAGUGCUAAAGUGGCGGUGCAUGAGGGAGCGAAUUCUACCGCACCUCAGAUGCCAGAAACACGGCCCGAAAGUGGGAAUCGGUCAAGCUCACGUCGUCCAGCAGAGGGCAGCAGAGCUAAUGAGAAACCCCGGCUAGGAACUAACAAUAAAACCAAAGACUUUUCCUCUCUGGUCUUGAAUGAUGUGAGCACAGCUCAGAAAGGGAUGUCUGAGGACACUGAACAUCAACAACAGCUGCUGUCCAGACUCAACAGCCACUCUCCAGGUGAGAAUAAUGGCAACACUAAUAAACACCCACAAUCCCCACCAAGGACAGACCACCCAAAUGUGAAGGUGGCCAGUUCAACUCUGGCUAAACUUUCUAGAUUCUCUUUUACGGCCUCAUCUGAGGAAAACACUGGUGAUAAAACAGUCCCAGCUACAAACGGCAGUACAAACAAAGUGCCAGCAAACCCGGUUUCUGAAGACCAGGAGAACACAAGCACACAGACCAGGAAAAAUAUAACCACAGAUGCGAAGGCCACCACAAUGCAGACGGGCAACAUGAGGACAAAGCCCUCCGACAGACAGGAAGAAGCCGGAGAGAACACUACAAAGAAGAGGAGAUGUUUUGAGUUGGGCUCCGGAGGCCCCGCAGGACUCCUCAAAGGUUUUUCACUGUUCAGCUCAUCUGUCAUAGACGAUGAAGAUCUAGAUGCUGACUGGAUCUGAUGCAACAGGAGACGUUUGUCAUGUGUAUUAGCAGUAUAUGUAUUUUUUGUGUUUAUUUGUUCAUUUAAAUGCAGUGUGAUGUGUUUU